AUGAAUGCAGUGUGCGAAUCCGGCUCACCUACGGAUAAUGCUUUCAUGGAGUUCCAAGAGGGUUUAGCAGGACCAGCAGUAGCUCCAACGGUAACUGCGACACUGGUUUGUCGAGCUGAUCAAAAAUGGUACUUUAGCGAUGGAACUACAGCGCUUGCUGUUACCGAUGUUUAUUGUAGCACCACAAAACCAUCUACAACAGAAUGUGCUACCUGUAGUCCUGAUGCAGUUACAUUUCAUACUGCCACGGACUCCACUACCACAGACGCUAUUAUGCAGUGA